CACCAGCCAGCUCGGCCACCUCCAAGUCCUUCAGAGCAUUCGACUUGUCACAGCGUUCGACCGUUCUGUCAACUCUGAAAAAUGAGCGUUACACGUCCGUUCAAAGCGACCGACCUGUUCAAGUUCAACCACAUCAACUUGGACAUAUGGACAGAGACGUAUGGUAUUAGCUUCUACCUCGGCUAUCUCUCGCGCUGGCCCGACCUCUGCACCGUGCAAGAGUCGCCGAACGGAAAGAUGAUGGGCUACGUUCUCGGCAAAGCCGAAGGCAGUGGCGCAGACUGGCACGGGCACGUCACCGCGCUCACCGUCGCGCCAUCCUACCGCCGGCUCGGCCUCGCCCGUAAAAUGAUCGAGCACCUCGAGCGCAUAUCCGACGAGGCUUAUCGUGCCUUUUUCGUCGACCUCUACGUUCGCUGCACCAACGGCACUGCCAUACAGAUGUAUGAGGGCAUGGGCUACAGUGUGUACAGACGAGUGAGAGAGUACUACGGGAGCUUGGGCUUGGGUAGGAACUCGAAGGAUGAGGAGGACGCGUUUGACAUGCGAAAACCGCUCUCACGAGACCCCAUGCGCCGCUCCGUGCGCUCCAACGGACGCGAGAUUGUCGUCAGCGCACAUGAUGUAUCAUAGUCUCUACCAUGUCAGCCUCUUCUCUCCUAUCCACACACAUCUACACCGGAUCUCUAUACGGCAAAAGCCUUCGACAC